AUGUGCUUGUUUAAUAAGCAGACUAUUCCAGUUACGGCCAAGGUCCAUAUUCUGAAGGAAGAUGUAACUUAUUUACAGCGUUUACAGUUAAGCGGUUUACGAUUUCCAUCUAUCAAUCCAGCCAUCGAACUAGCUUCGUCAAUUGAAUCCAUUAGUAACAGAUUGCUCAGUUACAUGAAAGAGGGUUAUGCUGGAGAGAUUCAGGUACAAAGGAGCACUGGCCACGAAGCAAAUGAAAUGCACUUGCCAGAUAUCGGCGCCGUUAUAUCCAAUUCAGAUGCCUUGUAUCAUAUCAUUAGCCCUCUCACAGAUUUACUACCGGCAUUUUUGCAACAGUUUCAACAGCAGCAGCAAAGCAUUAAAAGUACUAUGGCAUUGGAUGACCACUCUCAUUCAUCUUAUUCUUACCUUUCUGUACCUAUGCUCAUCAUGUCAGUAUUACAACAUACUGCAGAUAACUUAUCGCACUCUCAACGCAUUACUUAUACGUUGAUGUCGAUUAAACAUAAUCUGUCUGAGGAUUUGCUUGCCGUUAUUGCGUAUGGACCAAUUGAAGUAUGUUUAAAUGCUGCAUCAAUGCUACUGCAAUUUUGGCCCAUAUCUAUAGAUGAUCUAAAUAUUGAAGUUAAAAGUGAUGCUUGGAAAUCGGUUAUUUGUCAAACUACCUCAUGUUUCUUUUCUGGCAAUCUUCCUGCUGUCAAGAUAAGUCUAGAUCCUGUUUUGUCUGCUUCCCUCGGUUCCAAGCCUCCUCCCUUGUACAUGUGUAGCAAAUGCAGUGGGAAACAUCAUGAUCUUAUGCCCGUAUAUCCAAAACAAGAAACUACCUCAAAAGUUUGCGAAUAUAAGCAAUGCGAAAGUAAUGAUAAAAGGGCAGUGGUUACAUGUUUCUCUUUAUCCUGCACUAAAAGCUGUGGCAGUCGCCCUAUGCGCCUGUGCUCUACAUGUGACGGGUUAAUACACGGUAAUCUGUCAAAUUCCGAAAGGCACAUCGUUCAAGGAUUUCGGUCAACUAAUAAUACAGAAGAGACAUAUCCAAAGUACCUGAUUCCUGCGAUAAUAAGGUUGUUAUUGGAGGAUGAUCACAGCAACGGAAUCGAGCGGUUGGCUAGAGAAAUUGUUGAAAUUUCGACUUAUUCAAUAGUUAGCCUGGAUAAAAAUAUUAUCGAUAGCAAUUUAACAGCUGAGGCUAAGAAAAGAAGCAUGUAUGGACUAUUGCUUUUAAAUAACAUGAGUAUUGGUCGCGUCGUAUACUCUGAGUUUGUUGUUCGAUGGCUGAGCAAUAUAAGAGAUGCUUACUUAGAAACGUUCAUAAAUUCCCUGAAGCCACGUCAUAACUAUUCUCUCAUUAGUAAAGGAAGGAAUAACAAGGACACUGCAGAGAAAUAUAAGCAUGCUCUAAAUUGUAUGGCAUACAUGCUGUCGGAUAAACUUAUUAAUUCCGAGGUUUGGGAUCUACUCAUGCCUACAUGGAUGGAGAAUAUUAGACUCAAUAUCGAUAUAGAAAGUUUGCAUCCAGUGGAGUCACCUUUACGGAAGCUAUUCAAUCCGGAUGUUGCUCAUUUAUUUUUUGGCAAUUCUCCAUACGAAUUCAUCGGUAAAAAAUUUAAAGAUAUGACAGCAAAUAUACAGUAUCAAGCGCUGGUUUGGUUACGGCUGCUAUCUCAUUUGAAUAUUUUCUUAUCUCCUUCCUGGAUUAUCAAAAUGUUUGCCGUCGGUAUUGCAUCCGAGAGCUUUAAGCAGCAGUCUGUAUCAUCUACAAAUCAUCUUUCCCAGAGUGAAGCUUUUAAUCAAGAACUUCCUGCUAGUAUUGUGGAUGAUGCAAAUGGUCUACUUGUACUUUGGGAAGCAAUUCAAACUCCAGAUAUUUAUAUAUUAGCUUACGAAAAGCCGAUCGGCAAUUAUAAGGCUUUAAAUUUGGAUCUGAAAGAUACAAGGCUGUCUUGUUUUAUUUUAAUGCUGGAUAUCAUCGUAAAACAGAUCCAUUUACAUGCAAAUCAUCUGGAGGAAACGUUACAAUCAACUAUCACAAAUGGUCUGGUUCGACUAGUAAAAAAUCUUAUGGUCCAUGUUAGAUCAUCAUUAAGUGAUCAUUCAUGUGGCAACUGUUCAACCGUAUUUCGUAAUUGUUCGCAUUGCAAAUUCUCAUUAAUGUUCUAUAUGUUGAUACAUGAAAUAUUCAAUAAAGUAACUGGGAUAAAUGAGCGAUUCUCGCAAGAUUUACACGAUGACGAGGCAGCCAUCAAAGUGGAAAGUCAGAGUAACACCGAUAUCCUUCCUGAUAAGCGGCCUAGACGAAAAAGCGAUUCACAACCCAAGAGUAGUACGUCGAAUGAGUCAAUUGGACUUACUAGAACUUCACUCAUCGAAAGAUGCAGUAAAAAUAGAGAAUAUCCUUCGAAACGGAGGCCAUUCGCGUCAUCUUUAAAGGAGAAAUCUAGUAGUAAUGCAGCACUGCAAGUUUCUCGUAUUAGAUCGAUUUCUAGACAUCGUCGUAUUGACGAAUUAUUGCAGGUUCUGAAGUCAAUCGUUCAGGAAUUACAAAUAUGUAAAAAUUCCGCAAUUAUAUAUUAUCAAUUACAGUGUAUUAAAUUAUUAUUACCUCCAAGCGAAUUUAUUUCUCAGUUUAAAAGUAGUGCUCCAGUUCGUGACCUAAUUAUUAAAUUCCUGCUGCCAAAUUUAUGGUCAUUGCUUCGAUUUGAUUCCUGUCAAGUUGCACAAGCAUGCGGCACUUUGUUUAUCCACUGUUUGUCAUGUCGACAGAUUAGCAACGCUUUUAAAACUAUUAUUACUGACUCACUCGAUAGUCAUAACUGGUCCGAUCGUUAUAAUGCUAUCACUAAACUAUUUACUAUGAUUAAUUUUAUUGAAGUUAAAGAAAUACUUGGAUAUCCUCCGUUACAAUCAACAUUGGCACACACGUUUUCGGUGCUAAUAUCAGGCUUAUCUGAUCAAUCACCGCAAGUUCGUAUUCUUGCAUCCAUUGGUUUUAAAAAUAUCAAAUUAUCUUGUAUCGAAGUUGCAAAGUUAUGUUUCCAUCAUCAGUAUAUAAACUAUCCUGAUGAUCGUCCAAAAUUACUUUUUCGACUUGAACAAUUACAAAAAUGCUUACCUCGAAUACAGGUUUUACGUUAUGAUUUGUUCCUAUUAUGGUUUGAUGUCUUACCUGUGGGAUUAGACAUCAACGAUCGUCAACGAUUUCCUUAUUUAUCGUUGGAUCCUACCACAUAUCAGCAUCAGAAUGUUAGUAGUAAACUCAGCUUAACUACAACAUCUAAGAAUAGAUUCAAGAAAUCAUCCGAUCUAUCCAGUUAUAAUCCUUUUAAAGUUUCAUCUAGUUUACGUCGGUCAAGUAGUGGUCGCCGUUCAUCAACUAGGCGUUGUAGUUCAAUUAUUUCGUCUAAUUCAUUCGAUGUUACAGUUGCUGCUGAUAAUUUUUCGAUCACUGAUAGUUCAAGUUCCAUUGAUGGAGUUGUUAUUGAUUCAACGAGUCAUAAGAGCACGACAGCAAUACCAUCUCAAUUGUCGGUUGUAAAUGAUAUUGAUCCUGAUGAUAUGAGAAAUGAAACCAUGUAUCGUCUAAUUGAGUUAUUUAUGCAGUAUUUACGUCGAUCAUCAUCGACUAAUUCUAAAAUAGGCAAUAAUAACGACAACAGUCAAUAUCACAUGAAAAUAUUUCUUUGCAUUCAACGUCUAAUGGGUUAUAACCAUGUUACACAAAUAUUUAACUUAUCAUCUUCCAAGUUGAGAUCGUCGCUAAUUUAUAAAGCGUUUUUAGUAGAAGCUCCAUUAAUGUUGGAUACCUGUCUUACUCAAGGCAAGAAAUUAAUUACUUUCAUCGUAUCUGUGCUACACUAUUGUACAUACGUUCAAGAUACGGAGCAAUAUACCCUGUUAGCUUUAUCACAAUUUGAUCGUCAAAAUUGGUUUAUGACUUUGCUAAUUUUGCUAUACAAGUAUAACUUAAAAGAUGUAUCGGCAGUAAUAUGCAAAUUGAUGGAAUUAACAACCCAAAUGAUUGAAACUGCACAUCAUUUAUGCCAUCAUGGAGCUAAAAAUAACGGUAGUUUUAUAAGGCAUCGCAUUUCAAGUAAGAACGAUUUCAGUUAUUGUCAGUCGAUAUCAUUAUGUGAACAACGUAAUAGUAUUAAAAGGAAAAUGUUAACCAAGUUAAAUGUAAUUGAUACGGGAGAUAAUCAAUUAGGUGUGCAAACCACUGUAGUGAAUACAUCGACUGAAAUCGAUGAGCGUAGUGUUCAUUCGACAUUGGCCGAAAAAUUGGAAAUGAAUACCGAAAUAGAAGUACAACAACAAUCUGAUAGUCAAUCAAAUCGCGAUAUUGCUAGGACUAGUGGUAGAGCUCGUGGAACUCUUCGACGAGAGCGCUCAUUCGAAGAAGAGCCAUUACCUGAAAUAAUUGAUGAUGUCAAUGAUAACGAUGAUUUUGAUAAUGAUAAUGAUAGCAAUCCACUCCACGUUAACGAGCACCAAAACAACAAUGAUUACGAUAUCAUUGAUGAUGCCAUUACACAAUCCAAUCGCAAAAUAAAGAAAAGGAAUAUAUCAGCAAGCGUACCGCAAUCUAAUCUGACCUAUAAUCCAUCUCAUAAUAGUCGUUUAGAUGAUAUCGAAAAUAGAAUAUUUGAUAUAACCAAAUGCAUCAAAUGUGGUGAAUUAAUUAGCGCUUAUGAUCAAGAAAAUAUUUGUCUUGGUAUAUUAGUACUAUCCACCUUUGUCUAUCGUUAUCCGGAAAUGGCAGCACCUCAAUUAUUACGUAUAUUAAGAUGUAUCGCCAGGAUUACGUCCAGAAAAGGCACGCUAUUGCAUCAUAAUGAUACUUUCGUAUGCGACAAUCCAGAUCAUUUGUCGAAAGUUUCAACUCAGGUCUUCAAAUGUAUCUUAUUACAAUAUUUACCGCAUGGUAUAUUUCCACAAUUAUUUAAAAGUCAUAUUAGCGAUGAUCAAUUUUUGCCAGCUAUGGCUAAAUUACUGAGCGACUUUAGUGAAUUCGAUCAAAUGGAGCCAUUAUAUAAGUUAUUCGAGUAUAUUAACAAUAACAAAAUAACCAAUCGUGAAAUGAAAAUUAUACUGGAUAAUCUCGCCAAUUACAUGGAUAAUCUAUCAAAUGAAGCACACUUUGCAUGGCAGAAUGUAAUAUCGCAUUUAGAUACAUUCUUUAAAAAAUUACCUAUAUUUAUUAAGGGCUUACAAGAUGGGGCUCCAUUAGCGCGCAUUAUGGUAGCCAUAUUUAAAUUACCAACUAAUAGUAAAAAUCUAUUACAAAGUAUGGGCCAUUGCUUUGCAGUAGCUCUGCGCAAUGUACCGUUUUCUACUGCAUCAUUUACUGAACUGUGUAUUCAGUGCUAUUGGUCAUUUGCAAAGGAAAGAGAGAAACUUUAUUUUACACGUUGUGCAGUGACAGAACUUGUUCAUGCAUUAAAGUCCAGAAUUAUAUUACCUGCCGAUAACUUUGUUAAACUAGCUCAGUUAGUAUUUUUAGAUACUGUUGAAGGCAAUACAGAUUUAAAUUUUAUUGAUACAUCAUCAACAACAUAUCAAGGAUCACAAUCGAAUGCGCUAGAAUUAUUCCGACAGUACCUACCUGAAGCAGUUGAAUUUCUUGGCAGUGGAGAUGUUAGUGUAAGAUUUGAAGAUUUAGUAACGAGUAAGAGCUCCGUUAUUGGUAACCUAAAAAUUAUGAUCGCUAAAAUUAUUGCAUUUGAAAUAACUAAUAAUAAUAACAAUAACAAUAAUAACCGUGAUUUAAAAUAUAUAACAAGAUUAAUGCCUUGGUUUCAUCAAAGGCAAUCACAACCAACACGUUUUCAGUUACAGGAAUGUGUCUCCCAAGUUAGGAUAGUAUGUUGGUUGCUCGUUGGCAGUCUGCAUCAUUACGUUGAGUCGUCAACUACAUCAUCGAUUUAUACACCGUUUUUACCUUCAGAUAUUGUUGUUAUUGAGCGUGUACUAAAUGUGUUCAAUUCUAUUGCAUCGAAAGGACGUGAGUCAUCGGAAUAUUUAUCAGCAAUACCACCUAUUCUUAUAUUAUGCCAAUUAUGGACGGUCUACUGCGAACAGUAUAUGAAUAGUCGGUGGCAAUUUAGUGAAUUUUCAAGUACUAGUGUUAUACCAAUUUUAAUUGACUUUUGGCAAGAAGUCACUUCGGCACUGUUGCAGGUAGUAUCGGAAAUACACGAUUUACAUGUGCACGUUAUUGGUCAAUUUUUUACUACUGUGGAAAGCUUGAAAGAAUGUAACUCAUUUAUAUUUCAUGAAUAUUUCCCAUCUUGGAUAUCAUUUUUAAGCGAAAAUUGUAAUCAGGCAAAUAGAAUUGAUCGCCUACGUCAUUUACAAGAAUGUACUAGUAAGGACAAUAUUACCGAUAAUCAAACAGUACUAAAAAGAUGGCUACAUCGAGUACAAUUGCAAAUGGCACAAAACGAAUUACAAGCAACUGUACAUAAUAAUAAAUCACAAUAUAUUGUUUAA